UGUGACCUACACUGUUACAAUAUGAUUUGUAAUCAUCAAAGCCUUAAUUUGAAUCAGUGUAUGAUUUCGGAUGAGAUUUAAUAUAAAAAAAUUGGUCAUAUUUGCACAUAAACGUCUUGUACGUGACUCAUAAAGGUAAUUAGGGCUUACAUAAAUAUGUCGUUAUAAAUUAGACCUGUAUAAAUCAAUAGUAUAUAAACAUAAGACAAAAGAAAGCGUAUUGUUGCCCGUAUUGCGACACUGAGUCGAGUGAUUUGCCCCAAACCGGUUGAAAUCCAAAGCUAUGCUUUCUGGGUAAAGUGCGCCCCGGUAUCCGCCCAUAUUCGCGUAAAGGAGGCCAACCUGAGCAGCUAGGCCGGACGCUGGAUCAAAUGGAAAGUUCAAUCGAUUGAUUUGUCCACUUUUUCGCAUGUCCCCGCUUACUUCUGAAACGAGGUAGACCGACUUAAAUGCAGGCGGUUUCGGUGUGAAAUAGGAAAUGCAGAGAUCGUGUGAAACGAGAGGAUUAUCAGCUUGACUUAUUUGGUCGCUACUUCGGACGCGGAACUCCAGUCGCUAAAAGGUGAAUCAUGACAGAAUAUAAGCUGGUAGUGGUGGGAGCUGGUGGUGUUGGCAAGAGCGCACUUACCAUUCAGCUCAUCCAGAAUCAUUUUGUGGAUGAAUAUGACCCCACCAUUGAGGACUCCUACAGAAAGCAGGUAGUGAUCGAUGGAGAGACGUGUCUGCUGGACAUCUUGGACACUGCAGGUCAGGAGGAGUACAGCGCCAUGAGGGACCAGUACAUGAGGACAGGGGAGGGCUUCCUCUGUGUCUUUGCCAUCAACAACACCAAGUCCUUUGAGGACAUUCACCACUAUAGAGAACAGAUAAAGCGGGUGAAGGACUCUGAGGACGUCCCCAUGGUGUUGGUGGGUAACAAGUGUGACCUCCCGUCCCGGACAGUGGACACCAAGCAGGCUCAGGACUUAGCACGCAGCUAUGGCAUUCCCUUUAUCGAGACCUCAGCCAAAACCAGACAGAGAGUGGAAGAUGCCUUUUACACUCUGGUACGGGAGAUCAGGCUGUACCGGCUCAAUAAGCUCAGCAAGGAAGAAAAGACUCCGCGCUGUGUCAAGCUUAAAAAGUGUGUUGUGAUGUGAAAGGGGGCGUUGAUGAUGCCUUUUACACAUUAGUGCGAGAAAUCCGGAAGCAUAAGGAGAAGAUGAGCAAGGAGGGCAAAAAGAAGAAAAAGAAGUCCAAGACAAAGUGUACGCUUAUGUGAAUAAUCACCCCUUUUCAAGACAGACUAAAAAAAAAAAAAAGAAACUAUGUUGAACAGUUAAAGUAAUACAUUUUGUACAUUACACUAAAUUAUUAGCUCCUUCUCAAUACCCACCAUACUGAAUACUAAACCUGACCUGAUUUUUCUGCCUUUCUGUUAUUUGCUACUUUGACACCAAUAAGCUUUAUUUUCAGUUUAGUGCCAGUUGCCCACGUGUGUUGGUCCAACAGCCUGUUUGAUUUUAUAGGAUCAUGAUGUUGAUUUGGAUAAUUUUAUAUAACUGCAGAGCUGUGAGCCAACUGCAUCAUAGCUCACAUUUGACAAAUUAUUCAUUAAUAACUUAGGAUUUCCCCCCCUUUGCUUAAAAGGUCAUGACCUGCAAAAGUUCUGUAAUGCCCUUUUUAAGUAUGGGAUGCCAAAGAAAGAAUUUCCAUCCCGAUUCUUGUAGACAAAACAGACAUGAAGAAAGGACCAAUAUUCAGCCAGAUGAGAUCCAAAUGUCCCAGCCACUGUGUAAUGUCCCCAUCUCUGAUGACCUCUAGAUAUGACUUAGUUAUGUCACUGAUACAAGUAUGCAUGCAAACUCCUACUCUUCUCCGAAUGUUUUAACACCCUAAUUAGCUGUUAAUUAAUUUUCAAUUUGUCAAUGCUUUGUACUGUGUGGGGAGUGAUUUCUUGCCUACAUGAGAAGUUUUCUUUUCUUUUUGCAUGCAUUGUGUCCUUGAUGACAUGGGUAUUGCAAACUGCCUCUGGUUGAUACAUUUAACAGAGCCAGCAAUGAGGAACUCUGACCCAAGUAUAGCUUUUCAGGUUUAUAAACAAUAAUCAGUAUCUGCUUUUGUGAGAAACAAAUCAACCAUUUUUGCGCGAUAAAUGACAGAUUCAAAGAUCCACGAUGAUCUGGUUUUUUGCCCAUUCUGUGAUAAUAAAUGGGACUAGCAGCCAGGUUUUGUGUUGGUCGGCGUCAUUUUAUGUCGGCAGGAUUGAUUUCACAUCACAAGCUAACGCUGAACAGCUUGUCUGACCUUACUGGUUACAUAUUUCCUGCUUUUCUUUACUCUAAGUCUUGACUGCAGGAUUGUUUUUAUCCAUUCUGGCAAUAAUCACUCAUUGCAAUUUGUUACACAAGGUUGUCAGUUAAAUUAAUUAAUUAACAAUUUAAGAAUUCUUGUGUCAAUAUUCUCCUGAUAGAGGACAAAAUAUGUAAACAGGAUGUUUGUUAGGUUAAAUACUAAAUGAGAGGAUUUGUGAUUCUCCAGUAGCUGGCCACAGAGGUGUCAUGCCUUGCACAUUUUCCUAAGCUGUCGACUCGUUCGCUUGUGACUGGCUAGAAAGCAGAAUGCAUCUUUUAAGCAGCUUUCAGGAAUAUUUCUCUUGGUAUGGUGUCACAGGGGUUGUUCAAAAUGUUUUUCAGAUUUUUCCUUAUGUGGAGCGUUUGAAAGCAUUUUUGGAUUCAUUUCCUUAAGUGUUUUUUUUUUUUUUUUUUGGGUGGGCUGCCUUUCAACAGAAUGAUUGUCCAGCAGAGUAAUUUGUCAUUUUUCCCUCACCAAGCUCAUGUAUCGUGGUGAUGUGACUGGAACUGAUGUUUGUAAAUGAGGCGAUAAUUGCCAUAAAAUUGGUUUUUAGAGAAAAUUGUCAGGAUUUAUUAAAAAAAAGUCCUUGCCUUUUUCCCAGGUCAACCCAUAUUUCACCUUUUCCAUCGCAUUUACAAGCUGUUCCCUGGGGGAUUUUUAUAAGCCUUUUAUUGUUUGCAUUAGGUGCUACAUUUAGACGGUAGAAAGAGCCGAGACAACAUUUACUUUGUCCUGUGUGUGCUCAUGAAAUACACAAAAUGCUGUUUUAGGGGGAGUGAUGGAGUUGACACAGAAAUCCAGACAUGAUACAUUUUGCUUUCAGGAUUAAUGAAUUUUGACCCAGUUUAUUAUUACCUCUUUUUCCAUGAAGUAGAUAAUAACUGUUAAUGCAAUUUUAAUUAAGCAACCCUCUUGUUAACAAUACUGUUUCAAAAGUAGUUUUACUGAAAUGUUUGAAAUGUUCCUCUUCCUUUAUUGCGUGCCAACAGCUGAUUUCUGAAAUGUAUCAUUUAUACCUGGAUCGUAUUUUAACAACCUUUGUAUAGUUGUGAUACUGAAAGGUGCAUAUUUUGUAAAUUGUGCUUCAUUUCGUUGGUGUGUCUAAAUGAAUGUUGCUUUAAUGGAGUUUCACUCCGCUCUGUGUAUGUGACUAGAGAGUGUGACUGGGUCCAGGUCUAGGGAAGUGAAUGAAUGACCACUUUACAACACACCUGUUGUGGGCAGUGUAGAGUGGUGAUCUGAUCUCAAAUGAGUCUAUUUUUUGCCAUGAAUCUCACCACUCCUAUUUAAUGUGUAAUAAAGAACAAAGUAAAGAGGAA